GCUGACAGAAAAAAAGAGCUGUGUUGUCCUAAAUGUAUUUUGUACACUCGGUAUGGGGUCCAUUCACAUGCAUAGACCCAAUAUCUGGUGCAUUAUGCUUCCUGGAUUUCAAAGUAAUAGCUCGUAAUGAGCUGACAAUUGAGCGUUUCCAGUGGCUGCCACAACACGUGGGGUUGGCGCUAUUUGGUUGAGUACAAUCGCUUGUGCAGCUAGCGUUAUGAUGUAAACGGUAGCUAGGAAGUUCCUCAUACAUUCGUUAAUCCGCCCUGUAUCGCCAAGCACAGUAACCUGCAAAUAGUGGUCUACACUCUCCCCUACCGCGGCGAAAGUUGGGCGGAAACAUGGACUUCACCAUUCGCGCAGCUACUCUCGAGGACUGCAAAGACAUCUCGCGGAUGAUCUUGGAAUUGGCCGAAUAUGAGAAGGUCUCAGAUCAUGUGAAAAUUACACAGAGAGACCUGGAGCAAGAUGGGUUCUCCAAAAAUCCCUUUUUCCACGGAAUAAUCGCAGAGGUGCCUGAACAGCACCGAAGCAAAGACGGUCACACCAAGGUGGGCUACUCCCUCUACUUCUAUACAUACAGCUCAUGGAAAGGGAGAGCCGUGUACAUGGAGGAUCUGUAUGUGAUGCCCGAAUACAGGGGCAAAGGCAUUGGGAAGGCCUUGAUGAGUAAGGUUGCACAGCUGGGAAUGGCGGCUGGAUGCAAUCAGCUGAACUUCGCUGUCCUUGACUGGAACAAGGCUUCGCUGGACUUCUACCUCAGCCAGGGCUGCUUUGACGUGACCGCUGACAUGGGCUAUCACUGCAUGCGCUGUGAGGGAGCGGCACUGGAGAACCUUGCACAGGGGGAUUCAUAAAAGCAGCGGCACCAUCCCACACCCACACACACACACACACACACACACACACACACACACACACACACACAAACCAUGUCUGAAACAUUUCCCAACCUUUUCAGCCAUUGACCAUGGGUCUGAGGUAAACCCCCCUUCCUCACAGCAUUGGGCAGCUUGCAGCAAAAGGCUGUUCACUGCUGAUGUUCUAAUCUACAUUUUAUGUCAUAGUGUAGCACGUGCCUCUUGUCACAUCUUUGCUGUUUUCCUUUGUGAGAUUGAUAUGUAGGGAUAGGAACCAAAGACUCCCUAAAUGGCUCUACAGAGACAGUGAGACAUAGUGUGACGGAAAAUUCUGCGUGUGAGAUGUGUAGUCAUUUAAGUUGUGAAACUUAUGGAAAUUCAACAAAUGGAUUUCUUUUACAGCCAAAUUUGCAUCGUACUGUGUUCAUCUCCGUGAACUAAACCGCUGUCCUGUAAGUUCCUUGAUAGCGACAAAGUUUGGUCCGACUGGGGUUUAAGAGAGCUGUUCACUCAAAAUGCCAAUGUUGUGAAGCACAAACCACUGUGGCAUAGACAGACCUUUCACAGAGGGUCCCUGGUUAGACUACAUGGGCAAGUUAUGAGUAUAGCUUUUGUCAGACACGGUGCUGAAAUGAAGUAACUGAAUGCUAAAAAGCAAAAAAAAAAAAAAACUUUAUAAUUAAUGGAUUAAUUCAUUGUUUGUCCUGAUUGACAUUUGAAAUGUUGCAGAUGGUUUCAAACCAGUUGAGUUCUAGUAUAGAAAAUGUGACAAUGUAUAUCACUGUAAAUGAUAUCAAAGCACAAACGUGUACAGAAACAGAAAGCUCUAGUGGCCCUUUCAAACCGAGAAAGCCUGUCACCUUAUGUUGUCUAUGUGUGUGAGUAUCAAGACCUGUGCUUGUUUAAAUGUACUGUAUUUGCAUACUCUAGGGUCCUGUAUAUAAAACUGCUGGAGGACCUCUUAACAGUUGAAUAAAAAAAAAAUCUUUCAGGUAGAAUAAGGGUGUGGGAUAUUUUUUAGCCGUCACAGACCGACUUACGCAAGUGUGACGGUGUCACCGAGGUGCUAUGUAAGACACAGGACAAAAUUGCUGUGUAGAAGCAGUCAAAUCCCUCAAUGCAAACAUAACAUGUAUCUGUCGGUGGAAUGUGUCUCGUGUAUUACAUUCUCCCCUCUUCUGCUCUCAGCAAACAUUGACGAGAUGUAGCGGUCCUUGUUGGAUUUUGUAGCAAAAGCACAAUGCUGUGGUAGCAGGAGGAGCUGCAGAUGGUGACUUGAUGUGACGAGAGUUUUGUGGUUGUCUGUAAAAAAAUAUCUGCACACUGUGUCUCCUUCUCUCAAAAAUGUCUUUGUGUGAGUGAGGUUGUCUUACAGCACUCUAUGGAGUCUCUGCUCUAAGCAGUGUGUAGUAUAAUUACAUAUAUAAUGUUGAAAAAUACCUGCUCCCAUGUUCCUGUUAUCUACCUGAAUCCUUUGCACAAUUGCUGUUUUUUUUAUGCUGAUGUUCAUGUGGGACUAAAUCAUCCCACACAUGCAUACAUUUCUGUCAUCAAUCAUUCUCUAGUACUACCUGUAUACCCUAUUGCACUACACACGUGUAAAUAAUCUCUCAUUUUGUUGGGUGCAGUUGAUAUUUAUGUGAUGUGGUGUACAUGUUAUUACACAUGUGCUGCUGUGGGUAAAUUAGUCAUUAUUGACCUCAUCAGGCUGCUAGGAGGCCUGUGGGAACACUGUGCUAUAUCCCCCCCCCCCCCCCCCCUUUUGUUUACUACUGUUAGGUAGAGAUUCUUUUCCAAAGGAACAGGCUUUACCUUUCUGAAUAAAGCAUUUAAUUUGA